AUAUCCAGUUUGACCAGAAAAUAUUAUCAAAAAAUUUCUCCUUUCGGACAAAAGCCUUGAGGAGACAAAAACUGAAUCCUCCGACAUUAAUCCUUUCAAGUGGAUUAAAAAAAUAGAAAAAACAAAUCAAAGAAACGAAAAGAGAAGUUCUGUUUUCUCGAGACCGUGAAUCGUUAUCGAAGAUUUUUGGUAUUUAAAGGAUGAAGAUUCAGUGUAACGUUUGCGAGGCGGCGGAAGCGGCGGUGCUGUGUUGCGCCGAUGAAGCCGCGUUGUGUUUGGCUUGCGAUCAGAAAGUUCACGCCGCCAAUAAACUCGCAGGUAAACACCAGAGAGUCCCUCUCUCUGUCUCUUCCUCUUCCAUACCCAAAUGCGACAUUUGUCAGGAAGCUACUGGAUUCUUCUUUUGUCUGCAAGAUCGAGCUUUGCUAUGUAGGAAAUGUGAUGUUUCAAUCCACACUGUGAAUCCUUACGUUUCAGCUCACCAGCGGUUUCUUCUGACUGGAAUCAGAGUUGGUCUUGAAUCUGCUACGGGCACAGGUCCUUCUACACCAUCCAAUGAUGAUAAAACCAACGAGAUGAAACCUACAUCUGAGCCUCAGAAGAUGAACUUAGAUCAUCAUCAGGUAAUGUUACCGGAAACUAAAGUGAGUGAUCACAUUUCGACAAAGCUUCCUAUUGGAAGCAGUGGAUCAGCUAUUGGAAGCAUCCCUCAGUGGCAAAUAGAUGAGAUUUUCGGUUUAACCGACUUUGAUCAGAGCUAUGAAUACAUGGAGAAUCACGGAUCAUCUAAGGGGGAUACUAGUAGACGAGGAGAUUCAGACAGUUCUUCCAUGAUGCGGUCUGGAGACAAAGAUGGAGAAGAAGAUAACAAUAACAACUGUUUGGGAGGAGGUGAGACAUCAUGGGCGGUUCCACAGAUUCACUCUCCACCAACAGCUUCUGGUCUAAACUGGCCUAGACAUUUUAACCACCACUCAGUGUUUGUUCCGGACAUAUCUUCUUCAACUCCUUAUACCGGUUCAUCUCCUAGGCAGCGGAGACGGUUCAAACAACUGCAACUUACAUAACAGUCAAUGCUUAUGAUUUCUCUCUAGACCCCCUACACUAAAACUAGUCACCAAAAACAUUUAUGUAAUGCAAAAAAUAUUACAGAAAAAAGAAAGAGAGACAAGAAGGAAUGUUUUUGAGAGAAUCACUGUCAACAAACUCUUGUUAUUUUAUUGUUUGUCUUUUGUCACAGUUUCAGAAAUUAAUUAAAUUUAUUUGCAUUUU